AUGUUCGUACUACCUCCUCCUCCACCCCGCUAUGCGAUGCCUUUGGCAUACGCCAAUGGCACCGUAAACGGUAUGCCUGUGCCAAUUAUCGAAACGACCAACAUUAUAAAACGUCCUGAAGGGGGCUGUUCGCUUCAAGUUGGAGAAGGAACUUAUAUUCUUAGGGAUGAUCUGCUCCUCGCGACUCCACCGCCUCAUCCGUCCGAAGCUCCUAUUGUUAGCACAAACCCAUUGGCUACGAUUCCCCACCCUCCAACAUCUGGCGUUAAGCUAUCAUUAGUCGUUGUCCAACCUCGCAAAACUAUGCCUCAUCUUUACAAAGCAAAGACGUCUCUGAGUGGGACGUCAGACCUUCAGAGCAUCAGGGAAAGCGAUAAUGAAGUCCGGCCAACAUCUAAUACAUCGGAGGCUUGUGGAUCGGUACCUGCGUUUGGAGAGGGAAGCCUCGCACUCGCGACGAAUAUAGGCAAGGAGGGACCUGGUUUAAAGCGGCGUAAACCCAAGAACAAUAUCCUCAAAAGUAGUUCAACUUUCGUUUCCCGUGUUAUUACUCACGAUACGGCAGCGAAGAGACUGGCAGAGAGAAGCCCAGAUGGCAUCUAUGCAUUCGCAAAUAUAAAUCGUGCUUUUCAAUGGCUGGACUUGAGCUCCAGAGUAAAGCAGGAACCUCUUACCAAGAUUCUUUUCACAAAGGCCCACAUGCUUUGCCACGAUGUGAACGAGUUGACGAAAAGCACAACACACUUGGAUGUGAUUAUGGGCUCUUCUGUGGGGGAUAUCAUGUGGUAUGAGCCACUUCAGCAAAAGUAUGCUCGCAUCAACAAGAAUGGCGUCAUCAAUAAUUCUCCAGUAAUCCAGAUCCGAUGGAUUCCUGGCUCAGAACACCUAUUUCUGGCAGCCCAUGCAGAUGGCACCCUUAUUGUCUAUGAUAAGGAGAAGGAGGAUGCUCCAUUUGUCCCUGAAUCUACAGAUAUUAGUCCCCCUAAAGCUGCCGAUGAGAAAAAACCCCAUAAUUCAAGUCAACCAUUGAUCAUUUUAAAGUCUGUCAAUUCGAAGAAUCAGAAAACCAAUCCUGUUGCCUGCUGGAAGCCGUCGAACCACCGCAUCAAUAAUAUCGCUUUUUCCCCCGAUAGUAGGCAUCUGGCCGUCGUUUUGGAGGAUGGAUCACUCCGGAUAAUUGAUUAUUUAAAAGAACAAGUCCUUGACACGUUCACGAGUUACUAUGGAGGAAUGCUCUGCGUUUGCUGGUCUCCAGAUGGCAAGUAUAUUUUAACCGGAGGCCAAGAUGACCUUGUCUCCAUUUGGUCACUCUCUGAACGCAAAAUUGUCGCCCGCUGUCAGGGCCACCACUCUUGGGUCUCCUACGUGGCUUUCGAUCCUUGGCGAUGUGAUGAACGGACUUAUAGGUUUGGCAGCGUUGGAGAUGACUGCCGACUGCUCCUCUGGGAUUUCAGUGUUGCGAUGCUCCAUAGGCCAAAGGCGCUUCAAGCCACGGCACGGCAACGUACUAGCGUUGUAGCCCGUACCGAUGCUCUUUCUCCCAAUUGGGUAAGAUCUGACUCGAACCGCACAGACAGCAAACCUGUGGAGAAGGAGACGGAGGAUAUGCCUACUUUCCACCCAGUUGAGCCUAGAGCGAGGACUGCACAACUACCUCCAAUAAUGUCCAAGGUAAUUGGUGAAGAUCCCAUUUGUUGGCUAGGAUUUCUUGAGGAUUGCAUUAUCACCUCUUCACUUGAAGGCCACAUCCGUACCUGGGAUCGACCGCGAGAAAGCGUGAGUGAAGGCGUUCCUAAUACGACAGUCUCUGGUUCAGAACAGGCAGGUGGCGCGGGGGACAUUGCUCGGCCAGGAUCGUACGAUUCUCACGGCGGCUAG